GUUUCCUAGCCGAUGGAACAGCGCGCAACAACGGCGCUGUACGCCCGUAUCAACAUAGCUGUGAGACCAUCUAAACAUCCAUGCCGCUGAAAAAGGUGAUAGCGGACUUUGGCAGAGGUGUCUUCUCUCCUCUGGGUGGCAAAAAAGGAAACCAAAAAAAUUCUCUUUCCUAUUACCAAAAUACAAAUACAAAUCACAGGACACUGCCUAGUCGACAUAUCUACUAUGAGCCACCUGAGGAUUUCGACUGGGAUGCCUCUUCCUCAUUACUCCCAUCAUGCGAUUCAGCGGGUGAAAUAAUCAUACACAGAAGGCCAACAAGUCCGGUUUCUAAACAGAACGGUACGAAAAAUUCUCCUACACACGCUCAAUCUGAGAGUCUCACACUUGAGUCACAGACGUCAGAUACGACAACUAAUAACGAUUCAAAUAGUCCAAAAGAAUCAUUAACCAAAGAUCAAGAACGAGCUUAUACACAGGAAGAAUUCACUUCUGCCAUUUUGGCCCGAUCUCAGCAAGAAGCCGAUCACAAGGCAUCCCAACCACCGACAAAUACUAAUAAUUCGAACGAUGUUCAGAAUAGUCUAGCUAAGGAAACGCAUCCAGACAUGGCUGUGGCUGAUUCCGGGGUUGCCUCGAUGGUGAGGGAUUCUCUGACUGUCGGCAAUACAUGCCAACCGGCCAGUGUGGUCGAGGGGCAUGAAGAUUGUGACUGCGAAAGGAGGUGCUCGAAUCCGAAACAUCUAAAUGACUGCAAAAGUGGUGAUUAUGCUGUGUCGCCAGUUCUGGAGAGAAGGAAUAAAAGUGUGCUCGGGAGGCUUAGGAACUUUGCGAGUCGAACGAGUUACAGCACUAGUGAAGAUGGACAUUCCCAUUCUUCAGAUUAUGAAGAGCCAGAUGAAGAAAAGAAAGUGGAAGCUCGUUUCUGUCGAGAUUCUCGCGAGAGGACCUCUUCUUCAUCUUGGGCAGGACGGGUGCGAGAUCUUCACCGUGAUGUUAAGAAAAAAAUUUCACGAUUUCGUAAUUCUAGGGGAGCUACAGCUGAUGAAGAUAUUGGAGAAGGUAUAGAAAGUGCUGAUGUUCUGAUUCAACCUGGGAGUUCUAUAGAAAGUAUUCCUAGUGGCUCAGGUUCAAGUUUACAACCUCCCACACCUACCAGUAGUAAUCGUAGUUCAACUUCAGCUGGUGAAGAUGACCAUAAUCCAUAUGUAGGUACAUUUAUUGGAAGAGCACGGGCUCUUGUUGAUUGCACACCUAGUCCCUAUGAUAGAGAUGGUCUGGCAUUCAAGAAAGGUGAUAUCGUUGAUAUUAUUGCCAAGCAUAAAACAGGGAUUUGGGUUGGGAUGUGCCAAGGCAAAGUGGGUCAUUUCAAAUUUAUCAAUGUUCAAGAAAUUGUCGAAGAAAGGAAAAUCAAGCAUCGCCAUCGGAAAGUGAACAGUGAGUGGUUAAACAACUCUAAAAAGCCAGAAUCUCUUGAGGAAAUGUUAACUCAGUUAGGUCUUCAGGAAUAUAUAAAUGUUUUAGUACUGAAUGGUUACAAUGAAUUGGACACGUUUAAAGAAAUUGAAAAGUUGGAUUUAGAUAAUCUUGGAAUUACAAAUCCUGACCAUAGUUCUAAAUUAUUACGAGCUGCAGAAAUGUUGCAGGAUGGAGAUUCUGGUGAAGAGAUUGAAGGGGAGGAAUCUCGGUUACAACAAUCUUCAAGGGACUCGGGAUGUUAUGCAAGUCAUGAAAAUCUUAUUCAUCGUGAUUCUUCUCAAAAGGCUCUAAGCAAUGGACAGUUUAUGGUUGACUUAGAAGACCAAGAUACUAGUCAUUCUGAGAGUGGUAUUCAUUCAAGAGAGGGUCAAGAUUCAGGUUUAACUAUGAAUAACCUUGACCUGAGUGCUGAAUCCUCUACAAAAUCAACAGCCACCACCAUGGAUGAUGUGACUUGUGUGACUGACCAAAAUGAUUGUGCUGAUGAAAUCAAUGAUCUCAGUAAUUACAACAUUCCUCCUACUCAGGAAAAUUCAUAUAAUAAUCGAGAGAAUGAAACAAUCAGUGCAACUCUUAGAAGCCUUAUUUCGAGACCAGAAGAAGAUAUAACUACACUAAGCGUUCCUUACCUCCUUUCAGCUUCUGGCACUAAAUCCUCUCCUGGUUCACCUAGGAAAACAAGGAAUAAACAUAGUCGUAAUAAAUCACAUUCCCAUCACAGUAAAGAUAUCUUCAAUGACUUAAACUCUCAAACAUUUAGUUUUGGUAAGUCUCGUCACAUAUCUGGUGAUAUGAGCUCAGAUCAAGGUUCAUAUGUGUAUGGUUGGGCAUCUUUUUCAAGAAAUGAGAAAGCAUCAAGGAGGAAUUUGCAUGAAUACGACGAUAUUGUUAGUGAUCCUGCUACAGAAGCUGAGGAUUCCCCGGGACGUCAUAUAUACAGGAGAGUUAAGCAAAGAAAGGGUAGCCUUCAAACCCUAAUCCAUGAUACUAGGCCUCCUUCACCCACACUUAUUUCAAAAGUAAACAAUAAAUUAGUGGUUGAGAAAAUAUAUCUCCAUGAAGAGCCAUAUACAGAUAAGACUGGAUUCUGUGGGAUUCCACCAGCUUUGGUACAAAGGUAUGCUGAAGAACUCCAGCACAACAUAGUUGACGUGGCAGAUGCAUUAGAUCAAAUUCGUAUAACAUCCUUACAACAGCAAGCUCGUAGAGGGGUGCCAAAUGACUUCUUAUCUGACUCUUGCAUUGUUCCUGUGAUUGAGCCAAACUACUCAAGCCUUCGGUCUUGGCUUAUUUCUUUGGGCCUUCCUAUGUAUGAGUCACAUUUCAUGUCUGUAGGACUCACUGAGCUCCGGCAUGUUGCUACUCUCGGAAUAGAAGAUUUAACUCAUCUAGGAGUGUGUGACCCUUAUCACCAAAUAUAUUUAGAGUCUGCACUCGAAGUUCUAUAUAUGAGAUUCCGGAGAAGGCCUCAGACUUAUCCUCAAGGGCCACCUUCUAUGUCAUAAAUGUUAUGUGCUUUGCUGAGCUCUGAUAGUGAAUUUUAAUUUCAUAUACUGUAUUAAAAGAAUAAGAAGGAAGGCCCUUAUUCAACUGCAAUGCUCUCGAGUUUUCCAAAUAACUUAAUUUUUCAAAUAGUUACAAUUAUUCUGAAAAUCAUGGGAGGAAAGUUUGUAUUUGUUUCUUCUGCACAAUAUUUCCCUUGUUAAUUAAUGCGAAAACACCUAACACAGAUAUCAUUAAUGUUUUCACAAUUUUAUACAAGCACUUUCUGUUUAAUAUAUAUAUAACAGGUAAAUAACAUGGAAGCCAUACCUAAAAGAAUAAAAAGUUAAAUUUUCUAAAAGAGUGUGCAUGGUUUCCCAAGAAAGAUAUGAAGUAAAAUUGAUCAAAAAUGACUACGAGUUUAAGGACCUCCUUAUUCUUUGUACUGUAAUUUAUUUGUGGAGCUUAUUUAAAUGAUGAUGCAAUGGUUACUUAAUAUAUAUAAGUAUAGAUAUAUGAACUUUUAAAAGUUUUAUUAGUUUUAGUUUUCUAUUAUUUUAAGUUUUCUAGUUCCUAAUCUUAAAAGUUGUUUUGUAAAUUUUCUUUCAUUAAAACUGGAAUGGAGCAAAAUGCGUUUUUAAAAGAGAAAAGCUUUGUAGAAGUUUUCAUUUUGUGAUUCAAAUUCAUUACUUGUAUGUGCAUUACUCUCAUGAUAUAAUAUAUAAAAGUAUAUCAUAAUUAAUGAUACUGAAGCAAAAGACAUAAGUAUUUUAGAGUUAUAAUAAUUCAUGAUACUGAAACAAAAGACAUACCCAUUUCAAAGUUAGUGUUCUAAAAUCUCAAUUACAAAUAUGUAAGUAAAUAUGUAGGUACAUAAAAAUGACUUAGAAUUGGAAAUAUUUUGAAUUAAAUUUUAUUCAUGUGUUAAAAACAAGUCAUUUUCAAGCAUAAAAGCCUGAUAAAUAUGUACUGUAACCAUGUAUCUUUACAUUUAUAUUUUAAUAAAAUUCUGGUGGCUAUCACUGGUUUUCAAAAAAAGCUUAAAUAAUGCAUUUGUAUUUAUGUGAAGUUGUAACUUUUUAUAAGAACAUAAUGGUGUGGAGUAAUUUGCUUAUUGUGCAUGUUUUCCCAAACAGAAAUCAUUGCAUCAUUAAUUUGCUUUAAAAAAAAAACUUUGUGCCUACUAUUCUGAAAUCAGGUUUAACUUCUAUCAUAUACUACUUACUGUGAUGCUAUAUUAUAAAAUCUGAAGUAAGAAAUACCUUAAUUUGUGGAUAUAUAAAUGUUACAAAAGUAUUGAAGCUUCUAUGAUACAAAUAAAUUUAUUUGUUAAGAAACAAACUUGGCAGUUUUUCUCACUGAAGAUAUAAAGUAAAUCAGAGUAUUUACUUUAACUGGUGUGUCCGUUCAUAAGAAAAUCACUUAUUUUGUUCUAUUUAAUAUUAUGUGGGCAAAAAUAUACAGUUAACAAAUUGUUGUAAAUGUUAUGUAUGCCAGAGACACAUAUGCAUUUCUCUUUCUCUCUUUUAAUUGCUGCUGUCCAUUUAUUGUUUAAAUUUUUUUUAAACAUACUGUAAAAUUUGUACUAAAAAAUGAACUCACCUUUUGGCUAAUACAUAUGUGCAAACUAUAAUUUUAAAAUCUUAAAUACCUCAGAAUUUUUUUUAUUACCUAAAAUUUUAAUUCUAUAGUAUUUCAUUAAGUUGUACAGAAGAAAACUUUUUAUAGUGUUUGUAUUAGAUUUAAUAAUUUUAAGAUUAAUAUGGAUUAUUUUGUAAAUCUUAAAAUUGCUUUGUUUUAGAUAGUGGAUGAAAAUAAUUUAUUUAGUACAUUUUAUGCAAGCUCCGCAAAUCUCAGAAUCUGUAUGUAUUAAAACUGUGUACCAAAGAUAUGAAAGCAGCUGGUAUCUUGUGUGAUCUCACUGAAAACAUAUCAACUAAAAAAAAUCUGAGCAAAGAAGAAGGAUUUUAUUUCAGUUAAAGUAGUAUUAUCUUUUCAGUAUCUCAUGUUUUUACAAAAGAAAAAAUAUUCAUAUCACAUUCUAAUGAGAUGGCUAACAUUUUGAAAUUUAUAUUUGUAAUAACCUUUUGAUACCACAAAUUGUUUUCAUUUUUAAAUUAUUACAGUUUUGUUGUAUAUAGUGUAUGUUUACAGUAAAAUAUUAAAUGUGAAAUCCAAAAAUUUUUAAUAUUCUCAAAUAUUUAUAUAUAUAUAUCCUUUUUUUAGUUCCUUGAAAUACUUUUUUACUUUUAUAAAACAUGUAAAAUAUAUUUCUAUAACUUGUUUGAAAACUGUCUUCUGCAUCUUUUGAAUCUUAUCUUUUUAUGCACUUACAAUUUAAUGAUUUAUUAUAAAAACAGCUCAUUUUGGGAACUUAAAGAAUCCUAAGGAAAGAACAUAAAAGAAAGAUGUGCAUAGUGUAUAUUGAGAAAUGUAAUAGCUUUCCCCGUCAUAUAAUUCUAUGAUGUAUAGUUAAUUUAAAAUCAACUUGACAAAGCAACAAAGAAGCUUCAACUGAGCUAUGCUAUAAAACUGUGAAACUAAUGUAUAAACAUUUGUAAUGUUGUUAAUAGUAUUUUUUAUGGUUUUUCUUUGCACUGCUUAGAUGUAGCUAAUACAGCUUUUGUAGAUGUGCAGUGUCAGGUAAAGUAAGAUCUGAUGUACAAUAAUAAAAUGUAUACUGUAAUAAAAUUUUGUAAAAUGUAUAUUGAAA